AUGUACAACUUCAGAGACGUCGCCAUCCAUGUCGGGCUGAAAGUCCUAACACCACUCCCGCAGAAGGAAAUCAUCCUCUCCGACUUCAACUUUUGCUUUAGCUGCCGCGCCGGGGCGUGCCCCAAGCACGAAGGCCCGGGCACCAGCUUCAACAGCAUCCAAGAGGCGCAGCAGCAAGAGCAGAGCACGCGUCAAGGCGUGAGCGUCCUCGCCCAGCUCCCGGCCGAGCUGGCCUGCCAGGUCGCCCUCGCCCUCCCCUCCCAGACCUUCUUCAGCAUCCGCCACAUCCCCGAGCUCGAGGCCUUCUGGGCCGCCAACGAGGCCCACCUCGUCCGCGAGAAGGCGGCCCAGUACGCCGCUGAAGCCCACUUCUUCCCGUCCGACCUGUUCACCGGCAGCACCGGCACCGUCCUCGCGCAACACCAGCAGCUGCUCUACCUCGAAGUCAUCCGCACUUGCACCGCUGCCGUCACCGACUACUUCACCACCACCCUCGACCUGCCCGCCGCCCUCUCCGCGCGCCUCCACGCCGCCGUCCUCCGCCUCUGGCGCGUCGUCGGCGUCCCGCACCGUUCGUCGGUAGCGCGCAUGCGGCAGGAGGCCAUGAACAGCUUCUGCUCGCUGCCGCAGGCCGAACGCGCCGACAUCUUCGCGCUGUUCGCGGACGUGGGCGAGCACAUCGAGCGCGCGCACCCGUUCGCGCAGCGCCGCCGCGCCGACAACGUGCCCGUACCUAUGGGCGACGGGCACGACGACCUGCCGGGCGACGGGCACGACGACAUGCCGACCCGCGAGAUGAUGGCCGCAUUCCGGGCAUCGGGUGCCUGGAAGCACGUCUGCGGCUUCCUGGCCAACGAAACCAUCCGCGCGGCCAUGCGCGGCGCCUUCACGCUGGCGGCGGCGUCGUCGUCGUCGGCCGGUACUGGCUGCUGCUGCUGCUGCAACGACGUCGACGCCGACGCGGUCGGCCGUGCCGUCGACGAGAUGCGCCUGGGCGCGCCGCCGUGGACCGUCUGGGAUCCCGAUUCCUGGGAGUCGCAUCACCCGCUUAGCCCCUUAUUCCCCACCGAUCAGUGGGGCUACUUGAUCGAUACGGACUACGAUGCUACCGGCACCAUCUACCUGGAGACCCCCGCGGAACAUUUCUAUGGUUCUUUCUUUGGUAAUCCGAAUUUCUGUAAACGGGAUGACUAUAUCGCCUUCGGCCUGGCGCAGCUUUUGCCGGACGGGUGGACGCUCAAUACCAGGAGGUUUUUUCGUGCCUUUGGCUCGGGUCUCAUGUUCCCGAACACCACUGUGGGAGCUGUGUGUGGCCCGAUGGCCAACGGCGACGAGUACAAGUUUGAUCAGCAGCAUGCGUCUGACGAAGACAAGGCUGAAUUGAUGGAGGCGUUGAUGGAGAUCGCGUUCAAGCUGGUUCCGGACGAGUCUCAGUGA